UGGAGUGUAAAGUUGGAAGAAGCAUGUUCAUGCUCGCUGAACGCCGUUUGUAGACGUCGCACAUCAUGGGACAGGGAAAAACUUACAGCUGUUUGUGGAAAAACAAAAUGCAAUACAGUCUGUUACCCUUAUGUUUUAUAAUAUUGCUGCUGGAAAACUUCUGUCAGGCAGACUACUGCAAUGAGCCACUGGUGGCCCCAUUAUAUGCUGCGUCUUUCAGCGCAUCCUCAAGAUACUCAUUUUUUUAUUCUCCAAAUCUUGCAAGAUUACAUGGUGGCAGUGGAUGGGCGCCAGAUCCAAAAGAUCCACAGCCCUGGCUUCAGAUUAACCUGAAGAGGAAAUAUAAUAUCACUGCAAUUGCAACUCAGGGAACAUAUAAUACCUAUGACUGGGUAACAAGAUAUAUAUUACUCUACAGUGACAGAGAAGAUAGCUGGAAACCAUUCUACCAACAAGGAAACAACUGGACAUUUGCAGGGAAUUUAAACACAGAUGGAGUUGUGCAUCACAGACUUUACUACCCGAUUAUCGCUCAGUACCUUCGUUUUGUUCCUGUUUCCUGGAACCCACAAGGAAAAAUUGGUCUCAGAGUAGAAGCUUAUGGCUGCUCAUACACUCCAUCUGUUGCCUUAUUUGACGGGGAAGAUGUAAUUGCAUAUCGUCUGAAGAGGAAAAGUAAUAGCACCUUACAUGAUCUGAUAACAUUUAAUUUCAAAACAUUUCAAAGAGAUGCAUUUCUUCUUCAUGGAGAGGGAUCACAGGGAGACGAACUCACCUUUGAACUUAAGAAAGCACAACUCUGGGUACAUAUUAGUCUUGGUAGUAGUACAGUCUAUAGCAUCAAAGGCCGUACUUCCAUUCCCAUUGGUAGCCUUUUAGAUGACCAGCAUUGGCAUUUUGUGAGUUUCGAACGGUAUGGACGUUAUGUGAACUUUACUUUAGAUGGUGAGACGAAGAUGUUCCGAUGUAAUGGUGAUUUUGAUCACCUAGACUUAGACAAUGAGGUACUGUUUGGAGGCACAGUAACAUCACAGACAUCACAAAAACCAACAUGGCUAAGAAAGCGAAACUUUAGAGGCUGUAUGGAGAAUGUUAUCUUUAAUGGCAUCAAUGUUAUUGACCAGGCAAGAAGAAGAAAACCCCAGAUAUGGAUUGAUGGAAACCUUGAUUUCUACUGCCAGGAUGUACCAGUCUUUCCAGUAAUGUUUGCUGGAAUUAACAACUUUCUGCUGAUUGGUGGGACACCUUGGAAGAGCAGAGUUGCUGUUAGCCUUCAGUUUCGAACAUGGGAUGCAUCUGGAUUAUUACUGUUUACUAAUUUUGAAGGUGGGCUGGGUUCACUGGAAGUGGGCUUGAGCGAAGGACAGAUCAAUGUUUCAGUUGCACAACCCGGGUUAAAAAGUCUGGAGUUUGCUGCAGGCCAUUUGUUGAAUGAUGGAUUUUGGCAUUCUCUUGAUUUGGAUGUUAGAGAAGGCACUGUGACUAUUAUCAUUGAUAAUAGAGAAAAUGCUCCAUUUCGAUAUACUAGCCCUUUUCGGCUUCAGACAGGGGAUAAAUAUUUCUUUGGCGGUUGCCCACGGAAUGUGAAUGCAUCAGUUUGCAGCUCAAAAUUGAGUGCCUUUCAUGGCUGUAUGCAGGAGAUUAGCGUGGAUGAAAAACGUAUUAACCUACGAGAAGACAAGUGGCUUCGGGCAGAAAGAUAUGCCAACUUUUCAAAAGUAUUUUUUAACAUGUGUGGAAUAACAGACAGAUGUACCCCAAAUCCAUGCGAGCAUGAUGGAAGGUGUAUCCAGUCAUGGGAUGAUUUUGUCUGCAACUGUGAUUUUACAGGCUACAAAGGAGAGGUGUGUCAUAAAUCUCUCUAUAAGGAAUCAUGUGAAGCCUACAGACUGAGUGGAAAGAUUGCAUCAGAUAACUAUACCAUUGAUCCAGAUGGAAGUGGGCCUCUCCGUCCAUUUAUAGUGAGGUGUGUUAUGAAAGUCUCCGAGGAGAAGGCAUGGACCAUAGUGCACCACAAUCGAGAAUAUAAAACAGUGGUAACUGGCACUAGCGUUAAUAAUCCAUUCCUGGGGGAGGUGCAUUACUGGAAUGCUUCAUGGGAUGAUGUUGGAGCUCUGGCUAACAUAUCAGAAUACUGUGAACAAAAAAUCCAGUUUGACUGCUAUGAUUCAAAACUGUUUUACACUCCUGGUACUUCUGAGGGAGCGCCAUUUACUUUUUGGAUGGGUCGCAAUAAUGAAAGGCACUUUUAUUGGGGAGGCUCUAGGCCAGGGAUCCAGAGAUGCAAAUGCGGAUUGGAGAAGGCAUGUGCAGAUCCCAGAUAUUAUUGUAACUGUGAUGCAGGCCACAAGCAGUGGAGACGUGAUGAAGGGCUGUUAAGCUUCACGGACCACCUGCCAGUAAACCAGAUUGUGGUUGGCGACACUAACCGUCCCAGUUCAGAAGCUCAGUUUUUACUAGGACCUUUACGUUGUAAUGGAGAUGCAAGAAAUAAUACUGUUACAUUCACCAAAGGAACAUACAUUGAGUUCCCAACAUACAAUUCAAGCACAAGUAUGGAUAUUGCAUUGUAUUUCAAAACAACUUCACCUUCUGGAGUUUUUCUGGAAAACUCAGGACUCAAAAACUUCUUUCGAGUUGAGCUAAAUUCUUCAUCUGAAGUGGGAUUUGCAUUUGAUGUAGGAGAUGGCUAUGAAAACCUAACAGUACGCUCCCCAAAGCCACUGAAUGACGACGAAUGGCACCAAGUUAAAGCAGAGAUCAAUGUGAAGCUAGCAAGGGUUAAGGUUGAUAAAUUACCGUGGGUCAUAAGACGGGCACCUCCUCAGAGUUAUGUUCAUUUGAAUUUGACCAAACCCAUGUAUGUAGGUGCUGCAGAGUACAGGCUGCGCCCCUUCCUUGGCUGUCUUCGAGGACUGAGGAUAAAUGGAAUAGUACUAAAUUUAGAAGGGAAGGCAAAUGAAAGUGAAGGGGUGCGAGUGAAUUGUACAGGAUACUGUAACAGUCCCAGGGUGCUGUGUCAGAAUGGAGGAAGGUGUGUAGAGAGGUACAGCCACUACACCUGCGACUGCAAUGGUACCGCGUUUGAUGGGCCCAUUUGCAACAGAGAUAUUGGUGGAUAUUUUGAAACUGGAACAUGGUUACGUUAUAAUAUUCUUCCACCGGCAGUUGCUGCAGCCAGGGAACUAGCUAAUAUUGUGGAGUUGCCGGGUCUUGGGUAUAAUCUGACCAAUGAGGAGAUCCAGUUCAGCUUCAGUACAAGAAGUGCACCUGCAGUCCUAAUAUACCUCAGCACUUACGGCAGUGACUACAUGGCAGUGGUUCUCAAGCAUGACGGUACUCUGCAGUUACGAUAUCAGCUUGGUUACAGUCCCUACCUGUUCACAUUAACUACGAGAAAUAUGACUGAUGGGCAGCCUCACAAAGUGAACAUUACGAGGAUAGGGAGGAACAUUUAUACACAGGUUGAUUUUCUUCCACUUGAGACACAUGGGCUUCUGUUAGGGACAGACCCAAAAUUUGACCCUCCAAAGUCUCUUUUCCUGGGGAAAGUGAUGGAGACAGGACGAAUGGAUCUUGAAGUGCAGAGAUACAAUUCUCCAGGAUUCACUGGGUGUCUCUCUGGAGUAAGGUUCAACAACAUUUCUCCGCUGAAGGCUGUAUUUGUGCCAAAUGAUACCAUGCCUCCAGUAAAUGUCAGUGGUGAACUGAUACAAUCGAACUGUGCAGCAAUGCCAACAAGCCUAAGUGUAAUUCCUCCUGAACUGGAUCCCUGGUACCUAGGAUCAGAAUUUCCUCAUACUCAUGACGAUGGCCUUUUUGGAAUUGUUGUUGGAUUUCUUGUUACACUGAUCUUGCUGCUUGCUAUCCUUCUGAUUGUGCUGUACGUAUACUACCAUCGAUAUAAAGGGUCGUAUCACACCAAUGAGCCCAAGAUCGUAGAGUCCACAAGUACAGCCAAGCCAUUUUCACUAAGGAAAGAUAAAAACCUCCCUCAGAUUUUGGAAGAAGCAAAAAAUGAAUAAUUUCCUAAUUCAUUUAAAUAUACCACAUUGAUGUUAAAUUCAGACAUGAUAUCCUCUGGGAGUUUUUUCCUCUCAGAAUAGUAAAACACAUAGUUUGGUAGGUAAAUAGCAGAGAACUGGUUACAGUUUAGCAGAUAAAAUUAGCCAUGAUGUUGUUGCCGGUCAUUUUAUUUUGACUUGAGAUGUUUUGCAGCAUGCCAUUUAAACACAAUCCUAACCAGAACUUUUGGAAUGAUUUCUCACAGAUUGGUAAAAAGAAUGAUCAUCUCUCAGAGAUGAGAAAUCAUAUGAAACAAAGUCAGAUUGUAAAAUAUUUUAAUGCAUUCAUGUAUUUUAUUUACUUGGAUUUUAUCUCUAGUUUUUAUCUAAUGAAAAGAGUAUGUUAUAGGAUUAUAGUGGAACUUUGGAAAAAUACAUUUCAGGGUUAGGUGAGAAAACUUUUCUGCAUGGAAAGUGUUAGGUAGGGCAACAUAGUUACAAAAAGUUAAUUUCUGCUAAACUGUGAACAAUUGUAGUGUUUUGUAAUGAAUGUUUUAUGUAUCACAAGUUGUCAGAACUGACACCUAUUUUAAUCAGACUGGUACACUUGUUUAAAUGAGUUUUAUAAGACCCAUUACAUGUAAACACUUGCCUUUCUUAUGCUUGAUCACACGCUAUCAAAACCUAACAUAUAGGCUUUAGCUAAUGGGCAGUAACCAAAGCUUAAAUGCAUGUGUGUAAUAGUAUGUAAUAUGUAUAUAAAAGUGAAUACAUUUGAUGUGUGUGUGUGUGUGUGUGUGUGUGUGUGUG